AUGGAGGACACGGUGGUCCCUUUGUUUUUCAAUUCCUAUCUCUACCUGCCAAAGGAUCCCCACAUUCAGAAUGGUUACAUGGAGAUAUUGCCGUCCCUAUACUCUAAUGCUGAAACCGACUCAUAUCUUUCUAUCAGUACAUUGGCUGUUGCUUUCUUUUCCGUCGCCGCGUGGACUGGUUCAGAACAUUUGCUUCGUACUUCGGAGCGAUACUUUACAAGGGCUCUACCGAAGAUCCGAGACGCCUUGCAAAGGAAUGAAGACGGUGAACUGGAUAGUAUACUUACGGCUAUCCUUUUAUUAAGCACUUAUGAGGAAUUUGUUGCCAUCAAACACUGGGAGCUCCCUCUUAAGGCUCACCUCCGCGGCGCUAUUGCUCUUAUCAAUAGCAGAAGAGAGAAGAGUCUACCAUCAUCGCCAUCAUCCACAAUCUAUAAUGCCGUGGAGAGUCAAAUUGUACGUCACAUUGUUCAGUACCUCUUUGCUCGCCUUCAACUCACAAUUGAACAGAUCAAAACAACCAGAGGCCUAGACAACCCAAUGGUCCCAGCACCCAAACUCUGGCCUCUAUCACCAUCACAGUCAGACUUCCCCUCCUCGCCUCGACUCCUAUUCCAAUCAACUGCCUCUCAACUAGUGAAUCUUCGCCACUCCUGGGAAAAGAUGAUGACACAACCCGAUCCCACCGCCCAUGCAACAACAAUUCUCAACAAAGCAGCAGCCAUUGACAACAACCUCGUCUCCUGGUCCCACCGAGUUCCCCAACACUGGGUCCCCGUCGCCGCAAGCCUGAUUCCCCAAUCUGUCCGCAACGCCGGCAUCUACCGCAACCGCUGCGACUGUUACUCCGACAUGUGGAUCGCAGCAACAUGGAAUAAUUACCGAGACUGUCGAAUCCUUGUCCAGAACAUUAAACUCAGUUGUCUUCAUAUCCAGUCAUCACAUGAUCCGGACGGCCAAAGCACGCAGGCUGUGAAUGCGACGAUUCACAAGUUGGCUGAUGAUAUCUGUGCCUCUGUGCCUUUCUUCCUGGGAAAUCAAAUGGAGUCAGUGCGCAUGAGGCCAGGUCUUGUAGAUUAUCCAUUUGCGGAAACGAGACCUGUUACUCUCACGCACAAACAGGCGGCGCCGUUAAUGGGCGCUUGGUUUCUCUUUGCUGCCUUGAGGAAUCUGCAGAAUUUAGAUCUGGGUUUGCCUGUGGAGCAACAGAAAUGGGUCCAGGGGCAGGUCAAUCGCGUUUUAGCGAUUUAUUUCCAGCGGCCAGAAAUGCUUUUGAAAGGGUGA